AUGGAAGUCAUGGAUACCAGUCCGGGGCUCCCUCAGCCUCGAUCCCAGUCCGAGCAGACGUUAUCGACGACACACGAGACGCCUAGAAAGCGCCCAUUACGGGAUGUCGAUGAUAGCAUGGAUGUGGACUCCGGUGCCGGUGCCAGGGAGAAGGAGAAUCAGAAUCAAGAGAAUACCGCUUUGGAUCAGAAGUCUUCUACCGAGAACGACAGCGCAGAAAAACCUGCUGUGCAGGAAGCUGUGGUAGAAAAUACUUCGAAACCGCAGCCGGAGGUCAUAAAAGACGAUGUGCGGGUGGAAAUCCCGCUAAAUGCCAUUCCCCCGCCGAACACGACUGCAGAGCAUGCCGAACAAUCUGCCACGCCUGCCGCGAAGAGGCGGAAGGUGUCCCCCGCGAGCAAGGAGGCUAAGCAGCAGGAGAAGGAAGCGAAGGAUCGGCAGAAGACGGAGGAGAAAGCUAGGAAAGAGGAGGAGAAAGCUAAGAAGGAAGAAGAAAAGGCUAAGAAGGAGGAAGAGAAGCGGGUGAAGGACGAGGAGAAGAAGAAACGGGAGGCUGAACGUGAAGAGGAGAAGAAGAAAAAAGAGGCGGACCGUGAGGAGGAGAGGAAGCGGAGGGAGGAGAAGAAAAAGGCUAAGGAGGAGGAGAAGGCUCAGAAGGAAGAGGAGAAGCGGAAGAAGGAGGAGGAGAGGUCUAAGAAGGCGCGGGCGCAAACGCGAUUGAAUUCUUUCUUUGCCAAGCCGAAAACCUCGACUGAGGCUUCUAAUGCAGGUUCUGGAGCGGCGACUCAAAAGGAGUCAUCUAAUGGCACCGCGAAUGAGGGUACAGCUAAGAAUGUAUCGGACUACUACCGCAUAUUCCCCGAAUUCUUUCUGCAGUCGCAUACUGUUGUCGCCCCGCCUCACCGAUUCGAACGGGAUUCUGAAGCACUGGAGAUCAUGCGACAGAAGGUGGACAAAUCAUUGAAGAACAACGACAGCUCGCAAGAACCGCCUGUUUUCCGGCCGUCAGAGCUGUUUCGCAUGAUACCGUAUAAGAGACGACGAGGGAGGCAGACGACAACGGUCAAGGAUAUACUGCUACAACUUCAGAACAUGGGAAGCAGUGGAGAGGGUGCAACAACAGUGGAACCCCCGCCAGGCCAACGGCCACAGGAUCUCCUUAAUAAGGUCCGAAUGAAGUCAUUACGAUUUGGCGAGGAUGUCCGUCCGCCAUACCAGGGAACGUUUACCAGGAACGUCCCUGAGCCUUCAGCCAAGAAGCUUUCGCGCAAUCCGUUCAGCCGCUGCUUACCAGAAACGAACUACGACUACGACUCAGAAGCGGAGUGGGAAGAGCCCGAAGAGGGCGAGGAUCUGGACUCGGAAGAAGAAGAGGAAAUGAGCGAUGAUGGGGAAGACGACAUGGAUGGCUUCCUUGAUGACGAUGACGACCAGCCCGUGGACGGGAAAAGACGGCUUAUCGUGGGUGAUCUGGAACCGCAAAGCAGUGGUCUCCGCUGGCAGGAGAACGACAUAGAUCCGGUUCUGCACAUGUACAAAAUCGAGACGAUUUCAGAUUCAGUCACCUUUCCCAUCGAUCCCUUCUCGACCGCGUACUGGCAGAAACCAUCCAAGUCGAGUGACGCCACGCCGGCCACCCAACCAUCCAAUUCCAACGGUACAGGGGCCGAAGGGAGCAACAAAACUAGCAAUAAUAAUGGUUUAGCCAUACUCGGGAGCGGGCCUGCAAAGGCAAAGCGGUCCUUCCCGCCUGAACAGCUCGAGGAGUUCAAGUCGGCUGUAAAUGGUAGUGACCUGAGCAAGCUCGGACUGGUGGAGAUUUUGAAGAAGAAGUUCCCCAAGGUGUCUAAGGAGGUGCUGAAGGACACGCUGACGAGUACGGCCACGCGGGUUGGGAAUAAGGAAUCGGAAAAGAAAUGGGUUUGCAAGUAA